UCAAUCAAUCAAUCAAUCAAUCAAUCAAUUAAUUAAAAGAUUCUGCUUUUUCUUCGCUCAAGGUUUCAAACCUGAUGGAUCUUCCAAAUACUGAAGAGCUAUCUAUAUUGUCCUCUUUAUUUAUUUCUCCCUCCUUCUCUCUCUGUCUCUCUCUCUGUGUCUCACUCUUUCUGUCUCUCUCUGUCCCUCUCUCUCUCUCUCUCUCUCUGUGUCUCACUCUUUCUGUCUCUCUCUCUCUGUCCCUCUCUCUCUCUCUCUGUCUCUCUCUCUCUGUCCCUCUCUCUUUCUGUCUCUCUCUCUCUGUCCCUCUCUCUCUCUCUCUCUCUCUCUCUCUCUCUGUGUCUCACUCUUUCUGUCUUUCUCUGUCCCUCUCUCUCUCUCUCUCUCUCUCUGUCUUUUUCUCUCUCUGCUUUUGUCUGUCUGUCUGUCUCUCUUUCUAUCUCUCUUUUUCUCUCUCUGCUUUUCUCUCUCUCUCUUACUCUCUUGUUUUGUCUGUCUGUCUCUCUCUUUCUGUCUCUCUCUUUCUGUCUCUCUCUCUCUCUCUCUCUUUCUUUUUCUCUCUCUGCUUUUGUCUGUCUGUCUCUUUCUCUCUCUGCUUUUGUCUCUCUCUCUCUCUCUCUCUCUCUCUCUCAGCCGUAUUGUCUGCCUCAGCAUUCACUAAAGACAUGGUGAAUGUCUCCAGAGACCUGUUUGCACUGGGGCAGGGAGAAAUGAAGCAGCAUAGCCCUCAGUCUUCAUUCCUCACCACUCCUGCCACUGUUUGCACCAUUCAGACCCCUGAUACCCAGAUUAUUAAUGCUUCAUGGUUAUAAUAAACAUAUACAAACACUGAGUUAUUUUUAGAAUCCAUUAACAUUCACUAUUUUUCCCCUCGUGAAGAAUUUGAAUAUUCAGAUCCUAUUCAUCAGGAUGGAAGCCCUAAUGAAUAAUUCCCUAUUUUCAUACAGAAAUUAGAAGCAUAUUUGUUCACCACGGGAUCAGAAGCUUGCCCCUGUUUUUCUCGCUGCCUCUCCUCUUUCUUUGUUUGCUAUAGUGCUAAAUUAGGAAUUUAACAAGGUGGCCAUUGAGCCAAAACACAAAGUGGAGGUCAAAAUCAAUAUCCGCAAUGUUACUCAGGAUAAUUUAUCCUCGUGGCUCCACUGUGUGUUUGUGCUUGCGCGUUCACGUGGACGUCUGCGUCUCGCCUGCUGAACUGAUAAACCAGAAUUACGUUCAAGGGAUCUUAUAGAAUUGUAUAACUAUGCUUAAGUCAGAGAGUUGUAAACUUAUCCGUCUGCACAAGCUGAACUUGAUACCGGAUUCUUUCUUAUUAGGGACCUGGCCAUACAAAGAGCACAGACAUUUUUGAAACUGGAAUUUUACAGAAUAUGCCAUGGAUUUGGAAAGGGUUAUGGAUGAGCGAAGAUGGAGAUGUGGGCAGAUUACACUUGCUGCUCACUGUUGCUAAUCCCCACAUACACACCGACACACACACGUACCAAACACGCAUUGUGUGGCAUAAGCCAGGUGGCAGGGAGGCACAGUGCUGAAGUAUUUAACAACACACACUGACACCAGCGUCUCAUUAAUAAUGUAUGAACCACUACUGUAGUCAUUUAUUCCACACCACUGAUGAAUUCUCAAUUCUGAUUGGCUGAUUCUUUUUCUGGAACAAUCAAAUGCUUAUAAAAAAGCGCUUGUUCAUAUUACGCACAAAAUAUACAUAAUAUAAGGCUAUUUGUAAUAGAGUUAAAAAUGUAUGCUGAAAGUAAUCAUUGAUACAGUGCAGGUUUUCUGUACUGAGACAGCUAUUUACUAUUUACAGAAGGAGUCUCAGUUGUUAGCACUUUUUAUAACCUAGUAGUAAUACACUAUACUGCCAAAAGUUUUGGAACACCCCUCCAAGUCAUUGAAUUCAGGGGUUGAAAAGAAUUCUUAAUGCUUCAGCUUCAUACCAAGACAUUUUGGACAAUUUCAUGCUCCCAAGUUUGUGGGAACAGUUUGGGGAUGACCUCUUCCUGUUCCAACAUGACUGUACACCAGUGAACAAAGCAAGGUCCAUAAAGACAUGGAUGAGUGAGUUUGGUGUGGAGGAACUUGACUGUCCUGCACAGAGUCCUGACCUCAACCCCAUAGAACACCUUUGGGAUGAAUUAAGAGCGGAGACUGUGAGCCAGACCAAAACUGGGACGUCUGCCUUUACAUGCAUGUGAAUGUAAUAUGGAGUUGUCCCGCCCCUUUGCAGCUAUAACAGCUUCAACUCUUCUGGGAAGACUUUCCACAAUUUUAGGAGUGUGUUUAUGGGAAUUUUUGACCAUUCCUCUAGAAGCGCAUUUGUGAGGUCAGGCACUGAUGUUGGAUGAGAAGACCUGGCUCACAGUCUCCGCUCUAAUUCAUCCCAAAGGUGUACUAAGCAUUAAGAGUUCCUUUCACUGAAACUAAGGGGCCGAGCCCAACCCCUGAAACAUAACACUUGAAUUCAAUGAUUUGGGGUGGUGUCCCAAAACUUCUGGCAAUGUAGUGUAUGAUUUAUUCAAUACCAUUUAAAGUAAAAUUGUCUAAAAGAAGCUCAUUUAGCACUGACAUUUUUGCAAAACAAAAAAAAUGAUUUGCAAAUUCACCAUUUUAACAGUUUGAAACCAGCAGAAUGAUUUUUCAGAUUGUCUUUUUUAAGAACAUCAGCUUUACCAGGAUUUCUGCCUGAGUGAAAAAAUAACAUUUAAACAAUGUUCCUACAAUGUUGCUGCAACAUACAUGCUAAUAUUUCUACAAUGUGAAGUUGUGUAAGCAGCAAAUUUAGAGAUUAUACUUAGAUUACAGGAAGCAGGAUAACAAGGCAAUGAAAUCUUACACACUAUUUAAAAAGCUUUGCUAUUGAAAGUGUAUAAAGCACACGUUCUGUCUGUAGAGCCUCGCACUGCUGCUUGACUUCCUGUUCUCUGACAAGCAAUGACGCUUGAAUCCCUGGCGGUGAUGGACUCCGUCACAGACUUCCCAGUAUCAGAAGUUAGGACUGCCAGAGGACGUUGUGUCAACUCGAGGACCUUGUCUUACAUGCCAGGAGAGGCUUCAUGAAAUUGCUGAGUGUUACAUUUAGAGGCAGGAUGCAGGCAUUUCAGCAUUUUUUCGAGGGCAAUCCAGUAAUUAUUAGUUGUUGUGUAGACAAAACAAAGGCAGCCAAGUACACAGAGGGAAAAUCUAUAAUCAGGAAAUGGACAUGCAGAGGUCUCGUCAGUUCACAAGUGAUGAGAAAGAGGAAGUAGUGAGAGUAAAGAAGGUAUAACUGAUCAUAAUACAGAAACUAUCCAGAAGAAAGGUGAGUUUUGUGGUGUCCUUCAGCAUGGAUUAAUAAUAAGUGAUUAUUUAAAAUGAGUUAAACCUUUUUUAAGAAUCUUGAAGCAUGCUUUGAAGAAUUUUCAGCUUGUGCCACGAUAUUAGCAAUGUGUCUCGAACCACUGGUACCUUUUAUGCUGGAAAACUCGUAUCUACAGUCUACAUGCUUCUACAUGCAGUGACUGAGAUAACUGAAAGCUUUCAAAAGACAAAUCUAUAAUGGAAAAAAUAGAGAUGCAUAAAUCUGUUUUCCUCCACACCAGUGAGCCAGCAGUCAGGAAGGCUAGACCUGCUGAGUAUAGAUGCAUGAUCUAGUGUGUUGGAGAUUUGGCCUAGCGAUAACCUUGCAGGAGUUUGGGCCUCAUAAUGGUGACAACACAACUAGAAAUGGAUUGCAUACACACACUUGGGUUACAACAUUGUAAACAUCAACCUUCUCCUUAAGUGCAUGAGUGUGUGAUUGUGUUUUUCUGUACUGUUUUAUUGAUGUAUUCUACUUUGCUGUGUUGUGCACCUGCCCCCAGGGCCUCACACACACUCCCCUGUGUUAACGUCCACCCUGAGUAGGGGGGGGCAUGGUAAAAGCCAGCGGAGUUCCCCCCGGGGCUGGCGUAUGGUACUGCCCAGCACUCCGAAUCUUAAAGAUAUAAAUGCACAGGCACGCAAACUUCAGCGGCACCGCGCUAAAGGAACAAUGACCCUGCAGCACGGCCAGUCCUUCUACCGCAGUCUCAGCGAGACCAGUCUCAACCUGGUAGGUGUGACUGGGGAGGAGCCGAAGCGCUACUCUACGCUGCCCGGGUCAGGCCGUGCACGCUCAGACGGAUGCAAAGAGGGGGGCGGAGUCAAGCAUUCCCUCUACCAGUCACCUCAUUUGCUGCUGCUGCAAGGAUAUAACCGACAAGACUGCCUGGUUUACCUGCUGAACAAAGAGCAGCACACAGUGGGUCAGGAGACGGCAAGCACACGACCAAACAUCUGUCUGUCAUCUCCGGACAUCCUCCCACUCCACUGCCGCAUACGCCGCAGACGCUCGUCUUCCUCGUCUUCUUCAUCCUCUUCUUCUUCCUCCUCUUCAUCAGACCACCGGAUCUUACUGGAACCGGUCGGUCAUGGCACUGUGCUGGUCAACUUCACUCGUAUCGAGCGUCCUACUCCGCUUCGUCAUGGCGACCUGCUGUCUUUUGGCGCCCAUUACAUUUUUUUGUAUAGAGACCCACUGAGCGCCAAGCCGCUACCAGGCCACACCCUGACCCGCCUCCGUGCCCUCGGCGCCAUAAAUGGGGAGGCGUGUCCAACGUGCGGUGCUACCCCACGGGAACAGACGGGAUUUCGCCAAAGCUCAAAGAAUGCAAAGGGGCCAAAGAAGAGGAAGCUGGCAUUGGAGUUUGAGCGAGCCCAAGAGGACGCUCUGGUCAACCGGGUGCUCACGCUGAUCGAGCCGAGUGGCGAUGAUCACAAGCUGACUCCCGCAUAUCUGCUCUGCCUGUGCAUCCAACACUCGGCUCAUUCGUUUCCACCCGGCAGCUUCGGGAAACUGCUCCUCAAAAUCGCUAAGAAGAUCCAGAGCAUCGCAUGGGAGAAGACAAAGGAAUUGGCACAAAAGCAAGCUCAGCAUCAGGAUCCAGCAUCCCUGUCACUGCUUAGCAUCUCUGACCUUGUGCCGGAUCUUCAGGUCAUUUUCUUUUGGAUGGCGAACGCCAUCGAGAUCCUGUACUUCAUUCAGCAGAAAUCGCCUGCGUACAUGCAGAAUAUUGAAAUGAUGGACAGCAAAGCUGGAUCUAAAGAGUCGCUCCUCUCUGCGACAAUCUCAGCCAGCGAAGAGGUGAUGACCAUUCUGGAGGAAGUUAUCAUGUACACAUUUCAGCAGUGUGUCUACUACAUUACAAAGCUGUUUGGAUUUGUCAGUCAGUGUGUAUGUGUGUUGUGUACAAUUUUUCUCCAGUCGUUGUACGUGGUGUUGCCAGCCUUGCUGGACUGCAGCCCUUUCGGAGGCGAGUCGUCAUCAGAGGCAUGCCGGCGGACGACGGGUGCACGGGCAUGUACGUGCAGCGUGUGUGUCAUGCCCGAGGCUGUUCGUCGGGCUCUGUGUGUUUUUCAGACCACAGCCGAUCUCAUGCAGCAAUAUCAGGUCCAUGCUGAGAUCCAGAGCCAGAUGUUCGCCUACCUGUUCUUCUUCACCAAUGCCUCACUCUUCAAUCUACUCAUCGAUAAAGGUCCUGUGAGGGGCUGGUUCCAGCGUUCCCAAGCAUUACACAUACAGGCAUGUUUGCGGAUGAUCCUAGACUGGGCGAAAGGAGCAGGACGAGCUCAGAUCGCUCCGAAGUUUUUCGCUAAACUCUGCAGCGCAGUAACCAUCCUCAUCACUCCUGCCUCACAACUUUCACAGAUGAGUUGGAAAGUCUUGCGUGCCGAACAUCCGUCCCUGAAACCGGUCCAGCUUCACAGAAUCCUUACACAGUACCAGCUGACCGGCGAGGUGGGUUCUGUUCCAAUCUGGGUACCAAGCAGCGAAGAUGAAGCCUACGUGUACAGAACAGUGGAUCUGCUGGAGAGCUUUGAUAACCACCCUCCCAUCGUGCUACCCAGCGCUGGCUUUAAGGUGGACCUGGAGAGCGAGUGUGUAGACGACAGCAUCUACAGACAGCUACUGUAUAUCCGACACUUUCUGUGGGGUCUCCGCACCAAGACCCACGGCGGCACAGACCGACAGGAAAUACAGCGUGGAGAGGGAGAAGGAGAAGUGCGCAUUUCUUCCUUUGGAGGACGAGGAGAGGGCUCAGGAGCUGAGGAGAGGACAAGAGAACGAGCACACACUCCCCAUUACAGAAACGGAACGAGCGCACGGCAGGCUCCAGACCCGUCCUGCCUGUUUACUCCGCCUAACACACCCCAGUACCCAGAAUACACACACACCCCGUACACCAAACACUCGCAGCAGGAACACAUCCCAGCUAACGGGUGUACACGCUCCACUCCCGAGCACAAGAAGAUCAACGGAUACAUCAGCAAUGGCCCUCUUAAUGGGUGUGGCUUUCCUUUCCCCAUCCCUCUGGCCCAGACCCUGAGCAAUAAUUCUGACCCUGUGUGUUCCGUCUUUGUAGUGGACUUGGAUAAAGGACCCUAUGGUCUGGGAAUGGGACUCAUUGACGGACUUCACACUCCUCUGAAUUCACCGGGGAUCUACAUCCGCACACUGAUCCCUGAAGGACCAGCCGCUUCGGACGGCCGGCUGCACAUCGGAGACCGGAUCCUGGCUGUGAACGGGAAAAGCCUCAUCGGAGCCGAUUACCAGAGGUUUCUCACACAUAUCUCCAUCUCUCACAAUCCACAAUGUAACAACAGACACAUCUGUCACUUAUCAGGCCACAAACACAGACUAGUCCAGACAAUAUAUUUAGCACUUAUGGAAGUAAUGUCCAGUGUCAGGGCUUUUAAACUGGACAAAGGAGCUCAUGCUUCUUUACGUUUUUUUCUGGUAGCAUGAUAAUUAAUCACUCUUUACAGCAGUGAUAAGCCGAAAAGUUUCAUGGUGCU